ACAGGCUAUUCCCAACCAAAGAGCUUGAACGAUGCUGUAUUUGCAUCAGGUUCAAAGGAACGAGAGGAACAUUUGGCUAAAAUAUUUGAUGAAAUUCUACUGCAGGUGUUUCCCAAGGUUCCAUAUGACCCGUCAUUUAGCGAAACAACAGCAGUCCGAUCCAUUACAAAGACAGACAUGAGAAAAGCAACCAGUGUUGCUUGGAAUUCUCCUGGACCAGAAUAUUUCCUUGGCAGUGUGGACAAAAUUCCCGAUAAAGAUCACCUUUCAGAGGAGAAGAGGUUUAAAGAAUCCUCUCUGUUCGACAGGGAUUUAAGAGAGCAGUUAACUACUGUAGAUAAAGAAACACUUCAAGGGGCAGCUAAACCAGAUGCUCACUUUAGGACUCUGCCCUGCAGGCAGCUUCUGCAUUUCCUGCAGAGGAACACCAUCAUCGCCGCCAUCUCAGGGGUGGUCAUCCUCACGGCCACCGUGCUGUUGCUGUUUGGUUUGGCCUCAUACAUCAGGAAGAAACGGCCAUCAUCUCCUCCGGCAAACACGACAUAUAAUAUUUUUAUAAUGAAUGGAAAGACAUGGUGGCAAAAUUCUGAAGAAAAAAAUUUCACAAAAUAUACAAAAAAAGAGAAACAGUUGAAGAGCAGCUCCUGUGUCUAAGCCAGGUCGCGGGGCAGUCAAACCAGGACUUGAAACUACGAUGCGAGGACAUUUCUCCAUCCACACACCACAGGGAGGCAAUUCCAUUUCUGCCCGGGGAGGUGUAUUCUACAAAAACGUCUGCUUCCCGUCCCAAUUUGAAUGGACCAAGAAAAACUGCUUUGCCACAGGACACCUGUGGUAACAUGGCACCGAUGGCCGGCGUCGGCGAACCCAACAGACUAUGGACUUACCAUUUAAUAAAGCAUUGAUUCAUUUAUUCAGUCA